AUGGCAGAGGCGGCCCCUGCUACCACCCCUGCGGUGCUGGCGCGGUUUGGCUACGAGCUGGAGGGGCUGCUGGGCCACUGCGUCUACGGGAAGGUGUACAAGGCCAGGGCCCGCCAUGGGCACGCGCAGGUUGCCAUCAAAGUCAUCUCCAAAAAGAAAGCCACGCGGCAGUAUCUGAGAGAGCUGCUACCCCGUCACAUCCAGCUGUGGAGCGGGGUGCACCACAAGCACCUCAUCACCCUCUACCAGGCCAUCGAGACCAGCAGCAGGCACUACAUUAUCAUGGAGCUGGCGCCAGCGGGCAACGUCCUGCAGCGGGUGCUGAGCCAGGGGCCCUGCUCCGAGAGGCAGGCAGGGCUCUGGUUCUCCCAGCUCGUCCUCUGUCUCGUCUACCUGCACAGCAGGGCCAUCGUCCACCGAGACUUGAAGAUGGAGAACCUCCUCCUGGACAGCAAGGACAAUGUGAAGCUCUCCCUCCUUGGCUUCCCCCGGAGGAUGCCCCUGGAGGAGGUCAAGAGAGAAUCCCUGGCAUUUUCUACAUCUUCGGCUGGGUCCACCGGGAAGACACUGAGCCAGACCUUCUGUGGGUCCUAUGCCUACGCGUGCCUCGAGAUCCUGCAGGCUCAGCCCUACGACCCCUUCUUGGCAGACACGUGGAGCGCCGGCGUCAUCCUCUAUGCCAUGCUCCUGGGUGAGCUGCCCUUUGAUGACACCAACCUGUGGCGUCUCCAGAAGCAGAUCCAACAGUCCCCCAUCCUCCUCGAGGAGGGCACGGUGCCCAAGGCCUGCAAGGUGUGCCUGGGGGGCAGCCAGGUGCAUCAAGGACCAUUAGAGGGCGUUGGAGGCAACUCUGAGACAUGGAGGGAGAGGUGUGGAGAACCAUCUGGAGGGCAGUGGUGGGGAGCUGGGGGCAUCUAG